ACAUGUUCAGUAAACCUUUAUGGUCAGAAAGCUAAAAGUGUCCAGAUGAAAUGAUUGAACAGGCACUAAGUCAACCUCCAUCCAUCUGAAUCCCAGACCUAAGCCCUGUGGGAUCCCCCAUUAAAAAUGUGUCAAACUACGGCAAUAUUACGGCAAUGUAGAAAAAAAACUCAUAAUUGUGUAGUUUCCAAUUUCACAAAAAAAAUUCAACUUGAAUUUCCAUCCAUCUUGAAUUUCACUUGGAUUAUUUUACUUUUAUUUUUUUCCAUUUAUUUUUUAGCGGAUCAGCUGCAGAGUCACGUUCUUCAUUAAAUCAACCAAAUCUAACAGUUUUAUUACAAUCAGCUUCAGUUCCGGAAACAAUUGAAGACAAAGCAGCGUUUAGAGUUUCGGCUCGCUGCGGCACGUUUCCUCUGAUCCUCUUUGGAUCUCUGAGCUUUAAGGACGUUUCGACGUGAAGCUGCGGGUUCGUUUCCUCUGCUGUUUGUUGUGACGCACUGUCUCAUCCACGCAGCAUCACGGACAGGAUGAGACCGGAUCCGCUGCGCACAGCGCGCUCAGUCAGUGAUCACGGGAUCUGACCUGCAGCCAGCCGCGCUCUCUGCCUGUUUCCACGAAGAUCUGGACAUUUUGAACCCUGACGGGACUUUUUGUUGCUGCUUCAACCGGGUCAGGAGUCCGUUCAUCUCUGCAGAACGGUUCUUUUCUGCCACAUCCUCGGUGACUCCUGGCUGUGCGUGUUUCUGCCUCUGGUUCUCUCAGAUCCCGGCCUGCGGAUAAAUCGGUUGGUUCCAGUUUGGAGUCCGACGCUCGGUUCCUCCUCUUCCCGCCUCCCGCUGCGCCCUGAAGCGGGGGAGACAUGAGACCCCCCAAACACUGAGGUGACGGCUUCAUCAGCUGAAGCGGAGACAUUUCACCGGAUGAGUCUGAUCGAUGCUGAAAAUCGGAACUGAUUUCUGCUUCUGAAGCUUCAUCAGUUCGUUUAGUUUUCACUGUCUGUCCGGACGAAGCUGCGCUACAGGGAGAACAUGUACAUUCAGCUGGUUGAUGGGGAGCCUUUCGAAUGUCAGCCGGGACAGUGGUCAUCGCAGGAGGAAUUCUGGCUGCAGUCAUCUUACUGACCAUCGUCGCUGUGUUGUGUCUAUGUAGGCUGCAGUAUUACUGCUGCAAGCCGGAGGAGUCUGAGAAGGGGGACGACGAGGAACCGGAGCUGUCCACCAUGUCGCCCUCUCGGCCCCUGGCUCUGUGCGCUCCGCCCACGCCUCCCACGCCGGAGCACUACAGCGACGAGCCCGAGCCGUACCCGCCCACCUUCCUCACCGAGGCCAACGGGCCCUGCAGCUACUCCCCCCCGCCGCCGCCGCCGCCGCGCCGCGGCCAGCGGGUCCACGCCUUCUGCCCGUCCUGCGCCCGCUGCUCGCUGCCCUUCUACCUGCAGCAUCCGGAGCGGCUGUGCAACGGCGGCCGCAGGAUCAGCUACCGGACUGUGCAGCAGCAGGACCUGGAGCUGCCCGCCGACCUGGACAGCUUCUACCAGAAACUGAUCCGCUCCUACACCAUGAAGGAGGUGGUGACCCACAGCGUGAGCACCGACGUGUAGCUGCCGAUGGAGAACAGGAGCCGAGUUCUGCCGAAACUCUCACACGACUUGAGAUUAAUCUGAACCGUUUUUAGAAAAAACGGCCCUCA